UAUUUAAAAAAAAAAGUAAUGUUGGAUAUCAGCUCCUAUAAGAAAAAUAUAAAAAAAAACAAAAUUAUUAGUUAUUGUGAAUUCUUUUCAAAAUAUAUGUUAAGGUAUUGGAAGACUUUUGUGCCACAUUGGGCGUAGCUACAAGAAAUUGCAAUUUUCUUUUGAUUCAAGCUUUAGUUCAUUUUUUAUUUUCCAUAUAAAAAUGGAUUUACCUAAAAAGGAUGACGAAACCUGCGGAUUCACAAUUUAUUGGAGAAUCGAAAAUUUUGACUCUGAACCGACAUUUGAUUUAAUAAAAAGUCAAAUAUUUAAAAUUCAGAGCAUGAAUUCGAACUGGCAAAUAGAACUUGAGACUGAGGGGGACUCCUUGGCGGCUUAUCUUCACAAAGUAACAAAUGCAGCUCAAUUUGUUGUUAAUUAUUCCCUGUCUUUAUUAACAAGCUCGGGAUGGGUCACCCUAUUAGCUAACGAAAGAGAAAGAUUUAGGGUUGGUGGUGACGGUUGCGGGGAGGAUGUCGUGAACUUGGAAAUCCUUAAGAAAAACGAGUGGUAUUAUUUACCCAAUGGAUCACUCACAAUAAAUUUUCGUUUGUGGAAUGAACGUAUAAAGAAUGAGUCUAGUCAGCGUGUAAUGAUUUCAAGAUUGAUUGAUGGAGACUACUUGCGCCAUAGACCGAUUCAAACUUUUUCAACUCUAACACCGAGCGAUUUGCUAUCGUUCCCAAUAUCUUAUGAAUUUCAAAGUAAUUCAGAGUAUCGAAACGCAAAGGAAAUGAAAAGUCAACAAACUCAAACCGACGCAGCUUUCAGUUUCAAAGAUCUAGAUGAGUUGCGCCAGCUGUUCAAGGAAAAGGAAUUUAGUUUCGUUACACUCAGAACAUCAACAAAGGAGUUUUCUGUGCAUAAGGCUGUCCUGUGUGCAAAGUCCCCUGUGUUUACAGCCAUGUUCGAAAAGAACAUGAAGGAAAAUGAAUGUAACGUAGUCGACAUUGAUGACAUCGACAACCAGACCAUGGCCUUAUUCGUUAAAUUCCUGCAGUUUGAGCCGUUAGAUGAUCUUAAUUGGAGCUCUGCUGCUUCGUUGUACUAUGCAGCUGAUAAAUAUGAAAUUAAUUCGCUAAAAGAACAAUGUUCUUCUCUUUUAAAGAAUGAAUUAUCGAAAGAAAAUGUUUGUGAUCUUCUUGUGUUGGCUGAUUUGCAUCAAGACGAUGAUCUGAUGAAUUACGCUCAAGAGUACUUCUGUCAGCAUUCUAAAUCUAUUUUGCCUUCUACACAAUGGAAAGACAUUUUGGGUCAUACAGAACUCGUGGCAAAAAUUCUAUGCAAAUUGGCUGAAACAAUGCACUAAUAUGACUAUAUUAUGGAUUCUCUUCGUGGUCAAUAAAUGAGUCAUCUCUUCAAGAUACCUAAUUGACAGGAAGACUAGAAACAUGAAAAUUGUAAUUUAUGUUUAUUUUCCAUGUGAGGAAAUGUGUGCCUUAUUUUGAAAUAAAUGGGGUAAAACUUUUAUGCUGAACCUAAAAUUUAAAGAUGGUGUUUUAAAUUGGUUAAUAUUAAUAAAUAUAUUGUUGCUUUA